CUUGUUUCAUGGAUCAUGAUAAGGGCACUUACAGAUGAGAACGAGCAGCGCACCUCAGAGGUCGAGCAAUCAAUACAGGAGGGACAGUCUACAGAGGCAUUGUUUGUAGAACUGGAAGGUGUGUGAGGGUAUUAUGUGCGGCCGCCUGAGACCUCAUUUGUAUGUCCAUUUUCACAAGCACCUGAGCGUAAGGUGCAGCGGGUCUACCGAGGACGAUGAGUGCUACUUAGCGGACACAAAUGCAGACUUUUCUUGCAUUCAUAAAUCCGUACUCAUUUUGAGCCGCUAAAUUGUUAUAAAUCUCUCCUGGAAACUUGAAGAAGUUUAUUUUUUUGCAUUUCAUUUCAUCCGUUACCGUUUCCGCUGUCUGCACUAGAAUUGGGAUCCCAUUGACAGUAGAUUUUGUGCAGUUACUGAACACAAACUGAACACAUCUUCCAACACGAAAGGCAAGCUACGUUGACGGUGCUGAGUACCAGAGACGGCCACGCCACGCACACGACAACUGACUUCCUCUUCCGGAUUUUUCAGAAUUCUACCACACUACCGAUUUCGCAUUUCUGACGAUACUUGCUCUAAGCAAUACUAGCAGUCGGGUUUUUGUUGAUACGAAAUUUUGAUGUUGUUGUAGUCGGGCUUUUUCUUUUUUUGGAUUACUCGAAUGAACCAGAAUUAUCGAAAACUGGAACUCUUUUCCAGAAGAUUGUCCAAGUGCAAGUGUUGUCAUAAUUUCAAUUAACGCACACGCUGAUCUUCCGCGGGCUUACCAGUACACUAUUGUUUCUUUGCUAGUACACGAGCGCGAGAUAUCAAUUACGUAUCACCCUAUAUCGUCUCUUCAAUGCUCUUCAAGUCCCUCGCUCUAUAGACUCGUUUCUGAAUUAAUUUGCGUUUUUCUCGGAAGGUAUUUCGGCAUCCCCAAAUCUUUCCUUCAGCGACACACUCGGUUUUCCGUACUCGUACAGCACUGGCAAAAAGGCCUAAAUAACUCUUCGGUAGUUCUGACGUUGAGCACAAGCAGCAUCACAUUCGUGCUUGUUUUCGGUCGUGCUUUCUGAGCUGCAGAAGUUAUUUAUUUCGUCUCGUCCACACAAACGGCAAAACCAAAACGGCCCUCGUUUUUUUCUCUUUUUAUCAUCCCGGAGUCCGUACGAGUACAGGAGCACGUACCGAGCAGCACCUGAGCGGCGCAACAUCGUCCUUCGUUUCGAGAGUGUCUGUCUUCAUCUCAAAACCGCUUGUAGAUCUCGUUGUUUCAACAUGAUUUUCACGGCAAUUGCUUCUCUUCGUCUGCUCUAAAAAAACCAGGAAAUCUCACAACUCCCGCUCUAUCUGCUAUACCCCUAUACGAUUUUCUACUACAGUAUCACCCAUACAGAUUUUUCACCAUUUUCACACUUCUAUACGAUAGUUCCACUCCUACUUGAUAAAGAAUAUCCUUAUCCGUUUCUUCUCAAUUAUACGAAUUCGAAUAUUUAAUGAGCAGACGCCGCGUAGUUUCCAACGCCAACUUUUAGCAGCCACUCGUUUCAACAACUACUAGUUUCAUAACCGAUCACUACAGAAGUGUUGCUUCUCACCAUAAAGAGCGCGUGUGUCUUUCUCUUUCCUUGUUUUUGUUUCGCUUUAAAUAAACCUUCUACGUUAUUCGUAGAUUCUUGUGUCACGAAGUAGAACCUUGUUGUGUCACCACUGCACGACAGGCUGCUGGGAAGAUUCGCGCCGUCGUAGAGAAGAGAAAAUUAUACUUGAGGCGCCACCGACUUCUACUAUCAGUGCAAGAGAUAGAGAACCUUAACUGUAGCCUGAAGACGAACACGAAACUCUGCUUGGACGUAUACUAAGUCUAACGACUAGAAGUUGCUGGCGAUGUUACCCGACUAUCAAAUGCAAAAGCAUCGUACUAGUAUAAAUUGCAAUACAAAUUGGCUCAGCAUUACAAAUUCAAUUUGUAAUGCGGAUUUGCCUUAGGAACUGGAUUUGUAAUGCAUAAGUGCAAUUACUACGAGUGCGAUACUUUUGCACAGGAUACCGACAGCGCUGCGGCAACGUGGACUCCGGACCCGUCUACGACCCACAGCACCCCCGAUCUAUCAAAUGCAAAAAUGUCUGGGUCUGGAAGAAUACAAACUUGUGAUGCGCAUUUCAGAACACAGAAAAAUCUCUCAUGCAUAGGCAGCACAAGUUGCCUACUGUCUGUCACCAAAGUGGGGGAUUUGUCAUGCGGAUUCGGCAUUGCGAACGCUUCUCGAAACCUGUGAUGCUAGAGCUUGCAUGCCAGACCUUCUGUGUCAUGCAAAAACAGCAUGACUCUUCCAGACCCAGACACUUUUGCAUUUGAUACGAUCUAGCGGCCAACAAGCCGCCAACCUCCCCGGCGGCCAGUGCAACUGGCGAACCGGAAAAGCCUGCGAUCAUGACAAACAAUAACAACCGAGUGGACAUAAAUCAUGCCGAGCAGAAGAAAGGUAAGUCUAAGAGUACUAUGGACUUUGACGCUUGACGUUGUUCUUCAACUCUUUUGCCAUGGAAGACUGCUGCACUUGUGGCGCACUGAUGGUAGUUUUUGGAAUCAUGCGCCUAAGACUUCUGAUAAGUUGAAAUUCUACUUCACAAUCAACUUCACCUACAUACAGCUCCACCUGCCGUCACCACGCCUGUGGCGACCACGACGGUGAUUCACCACCACCCCCCGAAAGAAACCAUGCACGAUGUGGGAACGCCACCACCGAAUGGAGGACAAACGCUGCUGAUCGCGUACUGCGUUUUGUUGUUGAUGUCCAAAAUGCAUGACAAAAAUCAUGAAAUUCGUAAUUGUCUUGACAAGAUUCAUGAAAAAAUCAAGUUGAGUCAUUGCGACCAUAAUUUCAUGACAAAUCAAAACUUUGUUCGCAGGUAUUUCCCCUGGGAGGCCACAGAGGAGGACGUGCACCGCGAGUUUUCCAAGCACUGCAAGGUGAAACGCGUCCACCUGGUCUUGGACAAAAACAACACCAGACCCCGGUGUUUCGGGUUUGUGAAGUUUGAAUCCAAGGAGGAGGCCAUGAAAGCUUUGGACGCGACCCGGGAGGGUUUGGUGUGCUUGAACGACAGCCGAGACCAUGUGUGGCACCUGAAGGCCGAGUGGGCCAAGACUGGCGAUAUGGUGGACGACGCCAACAGCGCAGCGGGGUCCAAGUCAACAAGUCCAACGAAUAGCAAGGGUAUAAUUGUUUUUAGCUGCUUAUGAUUUGAUACUACGUCGAGCUGUGCAACGAGCAAAAUGUUCCUUGCAUGUUGACAGACAUGGCCAAGAAGGUGCUGUCUCGCUGCAGAGGAUCGAUUGAUCCAUUACGGAGCUAGAACAACAUGUAUCAUCAACCUGCAAUCGUCCGGAAUUAGAUGCAUGUUCUUGAUCUCCAUCGAAGAAAAUAGAACCAUGGCAAUAGUAGAUUUCUGUUUCUCAUCCCCCACAACCUUCAGGUAAAAACACCAAGAGCAACAAGGGCGGCGCGUCUGUGUUCAAGGGCAAGGGCAAGCAGUACAGCAAAAACAGUAUGUACGAUGGCUACAGCAAUUACGGCGGGGGCUACAAUUCAUCGAAGUACAGCUACCACAACUCUCCCCCGACCGCGGCCAGCUACUACUCGGCGCAGUCGGCUACCGGGGGAUCUUCCUCUGCAUCUUCCUACUACGCGAACAGUAACCCAGGGUACUCGGUCAGCGGGUACCAUCAUGGGAGCGGCAGCAACGCCAAUGGAAACUACCAUCCGCUGAACAGCUUCGCAAGUGGAGGCGCGGGUGGACCACCUCCGCCCCUGGGUGCGUUGGCGGGCAUCAAGGGUAGCAGUGCCGGAGGGGCGGGGUCGUACAAGGGCGGAAAUGCGUACGGGUCGGACCAGUCUUACUACAGUGUGCCGACCGACAACAGCAGUCACGCCAGCACGAACUGUAUAGAUUGAUUGUUUAAUAGUGGUUUGCGAUUUGAAUUUCAUAUCCUCGCGUAUUAAAAUUCAAGUUACAACUGUUGCGCAUGACAAACUGCAUUUUUUUAUAUAUCUUUCAAGACUUCAAUCUCCCUCUACUCUCGACAACGAAAACAAAAAUCACCCCCACAGCACCGGAGCUCCACCACGCGCAGGCGCAGCUACUAGCCGAGCUGAACUACAAUCUAGACACUUCGGCCGCGAGCACCGGUCCGUUGCUGCAGAACCUGCUCAUGUUACAGCAAGUCCAGAGCCUGUCGCAGGAUCCUUAUCUCCCGCCCAACAUCGCGGCAUUGCUGCAGCAGCAGGUACAGUUUCUUUAUGAUAGAGGUUUUUGAAGAUCCUAGAUCUUCUGGAAGUAGUUCUUGUUGGCAGGGAGUAGAAAGUAAGAAACAACGUCAAACAACGUCUUGGGCAUCAUGAUCAUUUUUCCACUAUACAUGACCACGACUUCCAAUCAAAACAGGCUUCAUCUCUCGCGAACACGCCGCCGCCGACUGCGAGUGUCCCGCUGCCACCCACAGGCCCUACGACCCCCUUCGGGCAGCCGAGUCUCUUUCCGCCGAACCCCUAUCCGACGGCCUACGAUCACCCGACGGGCCUGGACCUAUCCUAUGUAAAAACGUCCCCACCCCGUAGUUGUAAUGCAAAUUCGCAUUUUUAUAAUGUUUCUCAUGCGGAGCCCCAUGACAAGCAUGCUUUCUUCGUGUCUCGGAAUUUGUGAUGCUGCAAUCCGCACACGAGGCUAGACGUGUUAUGCUGUUGAACUAGCUAAACAGGAUUACACUACGACACCAAACUUGUCAUGCGGAACAGCCAAAGUUUGUUGAUUUGUCUAGCAGAUUUCCCAACUUAACUAUGGGGUGGAGAUGUUUUUGCUCGGGAUAGGACCUGCCGUAUGAUUACGGGGGCCCGGCUAGGGGCUACUAGGCCCCGGAAGACGAGCAUGAACAUCCUAAUCAAAAAGACGAAUUCGAGAACAAAAUAAGUAUGAAUAAAUGUGUAGGAGCUGAUGGAGUUGCAGUCGCUGUAAAGUAGGAGUAGGUAUAAAAAAAUUAAGAAACGAAGCAAGUUUUGCAGUUUUGAAUAAUAACAAUGGCGAGCAGUCAACAACGCGACAAAUUAUGGCCGCUGCCCUAGUUGUAAGUAUACUAGUCGCGCCACGCUCUGCGGAAGUUGUUACGGCGGCCGGAAGGAAGUUUUUGGCUGCUAAAGCAUCGUUUCGUCCAGAGCAGACCAGGAAAAAACUUUUUCUCUGCUGCUAAAGUGUUUUGCGUACACGAAUUAGCUUAUCCCUUCAGCUCACACGACGAACGGUCACGCCGCUUGCAGUUUUUAGCACUGUUUCUUUCUCGGACCUUUUCAGAUUACUACACUAUGAAAACUCAUCUUGUUAGACCAAGCUGCGCCAUCAACUUGAUGUCUAAUUCUUUUGUUUCCAGAGCGGCAGGACCGUUGGCGGGCCGCUGACAAUUAUAGCAUUUUGCGUGCUGAUGUCUAUGAAACUGUAAAAAACUUUUGCGACCGAAUAUAAAACUCAGCACCUCUCGGCUGGGAAUUUUUUAAUGGAUUUUUCUUCUUAUUCGCCUACAGUACAACUCGUUCGGAAACAGGAAGAUUGCACAGCUGCUGGUUGUUCAAACAGCAGGGGCUGCUGCUCUGCAGUCGAAAAAUAUGAAAAAUUAAGAAAACCAAAUCUGGGGAAAACACAACAGAACUUUAUCCAACACUUUUUUUUGUCGUGUGCACCUUGUAGCCUUGUCGUUUACCGCACCCGCCGGACGUCCUCAAGCUACAAAUACAAAUACUUGCGCUAUUAACUGCGCUGAAGGAGAAAGCAGAAGCAGAAAACUUCGCGCUUUUUGCAAGAGGACAGGUCAGCUUCAAACUUUGCCACGCAAAAGGGUUAGCCGUUAGGAUGAAAACCAAUGUACAUAUCAAAGAAAAAAAGUUCGUCACGAUCACUCAUGCGCAUUCUUGCAAUACAAAAUUGUUUGUCAUGCGUAAAAAUGCAUCACAGCCAAACCUCAUUAGGGAUUUCCCUAGUGUUUCUGCAAUACAAGGAAAGUUUGUGAUGCUGAGAAAAUUUGUAAUGCAUAACCUGCAAAUUAGUGAUUGUGACAAACUUUUUUCUCUCCAUAGUACAGAGAAGUUUUGUAGUAUAGCGCAGCGGGAGGUAGGAUGCUCUUUUCACUCUUUUCACCGUCGUUCUGCCUGAAACAGGCACGAGGAUUGGUGAAAAUAGUAAGAGUUUGCGUUGUUGAGGUGUAAAAAUUAUGCAACUUCUACUGCACCUCUAGAUAAAUCUCCUCUGAUCUCCGCGAAGAGGCGCAGUGGAGUUCAAAAGAUCGCGGAGGUUUGCAGAGGGAGAUUUGCCUUUUUCGCACUAAAUUCUGGUUUCCAUGUCCAAGCAAGAAAUUAAUACUCGAUUAACUUACAACUAUCCGAACUUGUUUUGAUACAUCAGCUUCUGCAGGUUUCACACGUGAAGGCUUAUGAUUUCUUUUUCACCCUUUUGUUUCAAGAGAACUUUUACUGCCACAAUGUUUUGUUUUGAAGAAUGACGCUGUCAAAUUUUUACACAACAACUCGUUUUCAACUGUUCAUUGAUUCUGUUUCUACCUACCUAAUUAUACGCGUUUACAAGAACGAAGCGAAGACAAGAUAGAACUUGCUAUGCCUACAAAGAACAAUUCUUUUUCACCUUGAUCUUCUGUUGCAAAAACCUGAAAAAAUAAAGUUUACCGGGAAGAAGAAAAUUUUGACCACAAAGUACUUAAAAGUGCCCCAAAGUCGGCGGCCCACGUAAAAGAAACAAAUCACGGGUUGUGUUAGAGUUUGCAGGUUGUGUUAGAUCUAGACAUCGGUCUCCGUCGGCGGAGAAAGUGGAAGUGCGUCCGAAAAGAAGAGACGGCACAAAUACAAUAUUUUUCAAUUUCAGUCGCG